CAUUUCAUGUAGUUACCAAAAAAAGCAAAACUGAGAAAAGAAAAUAAAAAAUUGCAAAAGCAGAGAACGAACGAAAGAAAGAAGGAACGAAAAUGGAGACUCUGUUGUCAUCAUUUUUCGGAAAAAUUGGAGAAUUCUUGGCUACUCUUUGCGGAGAACAUGUUGGCUAUUUGAUUUCCUAUGAGAAGAACAUCACGAAAGUAAACGAGCAUUAUCAGACGCUACUUUUAAAGAAGGAGGCCGUGCAACAAUCCGUUGAAGGAGCCGAUUGGAAUCAAGAAGUAAUCGCACGUGAAGUUCAGACAUGGCAAACAAAUGUGGACAUAAGAAUUGAAGAGCUUCGGAAAUUCCUUGAAGAAGAUGUUAAAGCUAAUACGAUGUGCUUGAAUGGGUGGUGCCCAGACUUGAAGUUUCGUUACUCCUUAGGUAAGAAAUCUCAAAAGAAUACUGAAGCCAUAGAUGAGCUAUUACAAGAAGGUGAAAGAUAUGAUCGAGUGUUCAUUCGUGCUCCUCCGUUGGAAGUAGGAUCAACAUCCAAUGGACGCUUUAAGAAUUUCGAGUCAAGAAAGAAACAGAUUAAUCAAGUUUUGGAGGCUCUAAGGGAUGACAAGAUGGACAUGAUUGCGAUAUGUGGUAUGGGAGGCAUCGGGAAGACAGAAAUGGCCAAAGAGAUAGCCAAAAGAGUAAAAAGUGAUAAUUUAUUUGAUAAAGUUACAAUUGCAGUGGUGUCUCAAAAUCCAAACCUGAAGGAGAUUCAAGGCGAAAUUGCGGAGCACCUAGGCCCGAAACUUAAUGAUGAGACUUUACCAGGAAGAGCAAUUGAACUACAUUCAAGACUGGUGAACAGAGGUAAGGUCCUCAUAAUAUUGGAUGAUGUUUGGGAACCAUUGAAUCUCGAGGCUAUUGGAAUUCUUCAUGGAGAUAAAGAUAAUAGUUGGAAAAUCUUGCUUACCUCAAGAAAUCAACUAACUUGCAAUCAAAUGAAUACUCAGAAGAUUUUUCCAAUCGAACUCUUGUCUAAAGAAGAAGCAUGGAAUUUUUUUAGAGAGAUGGCAGGUGAUUCAUGUAUUGGUAGCCCCAGUCUACGACUAAAAGCCAAAAUGGUUGAAGAGGAAUGUGGACGUUUACCUAUUGCUAUUGCAACUGUUGGAAGUGCUAUGAGAAACAUUAGCAAUGAAGAUGAGUGGGAUGGCGCGCUUGAGCAGCUUAAAAAGUCUAUUCCACUUAAUAUCACUGGUCUAAAUGCAAGGGUCUAUGCCAGCAUAGAGUUCAGUUACAGUCAUUUAAAAAGUGAAGAAGCCAAGUCGUGCUUUCUUCUAUGUUGUUUGUUUCCAGAAGAUUAUAAUAUACCUAUUGAAGAUUUAGUAAGAUACGGAGUUGGGCGAAGGUUGUUUGUAGACAUUGAUACAAUAGCAGAAGCAAGGCGAAGAGUCCAUGCAAUUGUUCAUAAUCUUAAAAGAUCAAAUCUAUUGCUAGAUAGUUGGCAAAAAGCAUUCAUUAAAAUGCAUGAUGUUGUAAGAGAUGUUGCCAUAUCAAUUGCAUCCAGAGAUGAAAAUGGUUUUAUGGUCAGAUGUGAUGUUGGACUUAAAGAAUGGCCACAUAAGGAUACAUAUGAAGGCUUUGCCGCAAUUUCUCUUAUGCUUGGAAAAAAAACAAAACAUCCCGAAGGGUUGAAGUGUCCUAGACUUCAGCUUUUGCAACUGUCAUCUUCCAUUUUUCGACUCCCACCUAAUAUGUUUGACGGAAUGAAGGAAAUAAGAGUGUUGUCUUUAGAAAGAAUGUCUUUGAAACCAUUGCCACCAUCAAUUCAGGUCCUUAAGAAUCUUCGAAUGUUGAAGUUGGAGAAUAUGUACCAUUUAAAAAAUGUGUCGGUAAUUGGAGCGCUUGAGAAACUAGAAAUGUUGAGCUUUUGUGGUUCUGAAAUCGAAGAGGUUCCGAAGGAAAUAGGAAAUCUUAGUCAGCUGAAGUUGCUAGAUCUAUCGAGAUGCUUUUAUCUUGAGCGAAUUGCAGCUGGUGUCCUAUCAUGUUUAUCUCGACUGGAAGAAUUGUACGCGUAUGAAUUUGAGAAUUGGAAAUCUACAGGAGAAAAUGGAGGAGGAACAGAUAAUGCAAGCCUUGCCGAAAUAAUCCUGUAUUCCCAUCAAAUGAUGGCUUUAGAAAUUUCUCUGCCAAGUAUAAAGUUCUUGCCACAAGACUUGCACUUCAGAAACCAAAAGAUGAAAUUUAGGAUAAAAUUUGCACCUUGGAAUGGUGAAGAAAAAUGGAGAAAUUUAAGGGUUCAUACCAAAGAAAAGCUAGAAAUGAGAUAUUUUUCAGAAGAGGACGAAUUGAGACUCGAUGGUGACGCAAGAGAUAUUGUGGAAAAGCGGGCGAAUAUUGCUCCACUAUUGGAUAAAUCUCAAGUUUUGAUAUUGAAGAAUAUAAAAAACUCAAAAAAUAUUUUGCAUGAUUUAGACCGAAAAGGUUUUCCAUACUUGAAGGAUCUUCGAGUUGCUCGAUGUGAAGAUUUAGAAUAUUUGCUCGAUGUCAGACCAGACGACACUCUACAUGUUGUUGCCUUCCCUCUCUUGGAGUCACUAAAGCUCUCUCGGUUGGCUAAUUUAAAAGAGAUAUAUUAUAGCAAAGUCUCGGAGAGGCCCUUUAGUAGUAGAGGUGCCCUCAACAACCUAAGAUAUCUUCGGUUACGUCACUGCAAGAGUUUGAAACAUGUCUUUUCAGUGCCCAUAGCGAGCAGUUUGGUUCAACUCCAAGAUUUAGACAUAAGUUAUUGUCGAAAUAUAGAACAAAUUUUCUCUUUGGAAGGCGGAGAACAUAAGAAGGCAUUUUUUGAAAUGAAUUUGCCGAAAUUGAAGAAAAUGAGUCUCUGGGAACUACCAAUGCUCAUUGGUUUUUGUAAAGCAAUGGAUCCUAUUGAUGAGAUAAAAGGAUCUUCUAUCACUGAACUAUUUUCAUCCAACACCAUUUCUUGGAUACCCAAUUUAGAAGAACUUGAAGUUGUGCAUUCAGAUAGGCUACAAGUGCUAUUUAAUCUGGAACUAGAAGGACAAAAGGUCAAAGAGAAAUGUACACUUUCUCAAUUGACAACUCUGUCCUUACACAGUUUAUCGGCAUUGACACAUGUGUGGAAGAAUAUUCCGCGAGGAUUUCAAGGCUUUCACAAUUUGGUGGAAAUUGCAAUCAAUAGUUGCGAUAAUCUAACAUAUUUGUUUUCAACUUCUGUUGCGAAACUGCUUGUACAACUUCAAUCAGUAUAUAUUUUGCAUACCAAUCUGAUGGAAAAUAUUAUUCAAAGAGAGCAAGAAGCUGGAGAUGAAAGGGAAACAGAUGUGAUUGUAUUCCCUAAACUCAGUACCUUCGAACUAAGGGGAGCACUGAAUUUCGCGAGUUUUAAUACGGAAGCCUGUCCUAUUAAAUUGCCAUCCAUAAUAAGCAUCAGUUUGGGGAAUUGUCCAAAAUUGAAGACAUUUGGGUUAGAAACUCAGAGCCGAAGAAAACCAAAGAAAAUGGACACAAAACUGGAUUCAAGAGUAGUACGAGAUUCCCUUGAUUUUCUUGAGUCAUGUGUACCACAUCGCAAGAAUUAUAAACGGGAGGUUGUGUCAGAUCAAAGCAUCAGCAAGAGAUCCAAAGGAAGCUCCUCUGUAGGGCGAACUAAACACUACAAGCAUGGACAAAUACCAAAUGAUCCUGCAAUCACAGAGGUUACAUUGACUAAGCAAGAGCAAAGUGUGGCUCUUAUCCAAUCCAACUUGGUUGAGACUUUGCAAAAUCUAGAAAGACUUGAUGUAAAUGCUUGUGAUUUAUUGGAAGUGAUAUUUCAACUGGAGGGACUGCAUGUUGAGGAAAGCCAGCUUGUCUUCGACAAUUUGACAGAGUUAAGUUUAUUCUCCUUAUCGAAGUUGGUGCAUAUAUGGAAGAAGGGUCCACAAGAAAUUAGAGGCUUCGGUAACUUGAAAAUUCUACGAGUCGAAGGGUGUGACAGUUUGAAAUACUUAUUCUCACCAUCUGUAGCUAAACUUCUCGUGAAAUUAGAGGAAAUGGAAAUUUCGAACUGCCAGGAAAUGGAUAAAAUCCUUGCAAAAGGAUUAGGAGAAGAAGAAGAGAGAGAGGUGAUUGUAUUUCCCAGAGUGAUUUCCCUCUCACUCGAGGAUUUACCAAAAUUAGAGUGUUUUUGCAACGAAGCAAAUGCUUUUGACUGGCCGUCCCUGGAGAAAAUAAGAAUAGUUAGAUGCAAGAGCUUGAAAAUGUUUGUCCCAACAGAGAUGAAAACUCCUAAACUACAAGGAGUACAUACAAAUGAUCACUGGAACAGUACCUUGCAGCCCAUGGUAGGAGUAGACCUCAAUGCCACCAUACAACACAUGAUCAUCAAAGGAAAGGCCGACUCCGAUGACGAGGACUCCAAUGAAAUUAUCUAUGCUUCAUCAUCUUCUGAGGACGUAGAUUUCGAAGGUGACGAGACGGAUAGAGACCGUAUUCAAGUCAUAGAUAAUGCGCUGCAGGAGUCAGAUAAUGUGGAGAGUCCAAAUAAGGACCUAGAUUAGAUUGCUGCUUGUGUUUAAGCUGAGGAGAUGUUGGUAGAAGAAGGACUUCUGGUGUUCUUAGUUUUAAUGUCUUUGAGUUUUAUUAAUAUCUUGAGUUUCAGUAAGAUUUAUGAAAUUAUUGGUUGGGUUGUUAUGACUACCGAGAGAUUACAGACUCCUUAGUUUAUUUUAGCUGCAGUAAUGACUUUGUGGAGUUUUCAAUGUGGUUAUUUAGAACUCUUGAUAUUGAGUUUUGCUAUUAAAGAUUUGAGUUUUAUUU